ACCCACACAGGCUUACUAGAACAGCAACUAACAAACGCCACGUACGAAUGCAUGGUCUGCUGUUCUGCAAUAAGAAAGGACGUUGCCAUAUGGCACUGCUCAACAUGCUUCCACAUCUACCAUCUCUACUGUAUCAAGAAAUGGGCAAAUACAGGGAAAAAUGAGAAUGAUGGCAAGGCCUGGAGAUGCCCGGCUUGCCAGAAUUUAAAUUUGGUCCUUCCUGAUAAGAAUUAUUGUUUCUGUGGGAAAAUGAUUGACCCACCGUAUUCUGGCUAUUUCACACCUCACACCUGUGGAGAUAUGUGUGGUAAGAAGAGGAAUGCCAUCUGCAAACAUCCGUGUAAUGUUCCAUGUCAUCCAGGCCCAUGUCCUCCGUGCACUGCGAUGGUUAACGUUGCAUGUGAUUGUGGCAAGAUGAAAGUUAAUGUCAAAUGUUCUACCGCUCAAAAUAUCAAAUGUCAAGAUGCGUGCAAUCGAGUGCUCAAUUGUGGACAGCAUCAUUGCGGCCAAUCGUGUCACAAGCCCCCUUGCCAUUCGUGUCAGGUCAAGGUCGAAAGGUCGUGCCACUGCGGGCAGCUUAACAAACAAGUUCUGUGUGGAAGUUCUGAAUAUUUUAUCAGCUCGUACAGUUGUGGCCAACAAUGCAACAAGCUAUUGGACUGUGGUAACCAUAAGUGUCUGUCAAUUUGCCACGAUGGGCCCUGCGACACCUGCAAACUCGUCCCUACUUUAGUAACACACUGCCCUUGUGGAAAAACCCAACUUGGAGAUAUUAAAUGUGAAAGUGGGGAUUUACAGGGUAAAAGUUUGAGAACAUCUUGCUUGGAUCGUGUACCUUGCUGUUGGAAGAAGUGCAACAAGGAGCUGGAGUGUGGCGAGCUAGGCAGUUUCCACAAGUGCAAGAACACUUGCCACACUGGUCCAUGCCCCGACUGCCCUGAAAGUAUGUCCGUAGUGUGUCGAUGUCAGGCCUCUAGCAAGCUUCUAACCUGUAAGGAGUUUGUCUUGUUGAAACGUCGUUCGUUGCCGGUCAAGUGCGACAAUCGUUGCGGCAGUAAGAUGUCUUGUGGCAGGCAUAGAUGCUGUCAGAACUGCUGUGUUGAUCGUGAGCAUGUCUGCAACGUUAUCUGUGCACACAAACUUACCUGUGGCCUGCAUAAAUGUGAGGAAGUGUGCCACAAAGGCAGAUGUCCGACGUGCUGGAGAGCAAGUUUUGAGGAGUUGACAUGCGAAUGUGGUUCAGAGGUCAUCUACCCUCCUGUUCCCUGUGGCACUGCGCCCCCAAUCUGUGUGAAGCCGUGCGCACGAGUUCAUCCCUGCACCCACCCCGUACAGCACAAGUGUCACAGUGAACCGUCGUGCCCUCCUUGCGCUAUUCUCACGCAAAAGUUGUGCAUGUGUGGACGGGAGACUCGCGCAAAUGUGCCCUGCUUCCUGCAGGAUGUGUCCUGUGGCCGGCCCUGUGGCAAGCCCCUGCCCUGUCUAGUGCAUAACUGUGCACAGCUCUGUCACAAGGCGCCUUGUCUGGAUGGUGGAAAAAUUAAAUGCACCCAACCCUGCCCAGCUCCAAGGACGGCGUGUGGUCAUCCCUGCAUGGCCCCCUGUCAUGUUGGACAGCCCUGCCCGCCCACCAAGUGCAAGGCUCAGGUUGUGAUGAGAUGUGAAUGUGGGAGGAGAGAGGAGAAGAUGAUUUGCCUUACAGGUUUCUUUUCGACGAAAGACGAUUACACGAGGGCCGCUGCCAACAUCGUGGCCUCCCAAUUAUGGAACUCCCAAUCCAUUGACCUCGCCGUACUUAAGGAUGUCAAAAAUAAGAACAGGUUUGUCGCUAGUUCAUUGCCUUGCGACGAUACGUGCGGUAUUCAGAGACGAAACAAAGCACUGGCCGAUGCCUUGAAUAUCGAAAAUGCAAACAUAACGAAUCAACUUCCCGGUUUGACGUUUAGUGAAUUUCUUCGAGAUUUCUCUAGACAGAAUUUGAAAUUUGUCUCUGAAGUUGAAGAUGUCUUUAUCAAAAUUAUCAAAGAGGCUGAAAAGUCAAAAGUUGGUCGAAAGAUGCAUUCCUUCAAAGUUAUGCCAUCAAACAAGAGGCGAUUGAUACACGAACUUGCAGAGUGCUACAGUAUUGAGUCUGAAAGUAUUGACGAAGAACCACACAGAAGCGUCAUAGUCACUGCCACGAAGUCAGUAGCCUGUCUUUUAAAUUAA